AUGUACUGCGAUCCGGAUGACCACGAUGACGACUUAUUGUAUACGGUUCGACGAAAAUAUCGUGCUCCAGUGGUUCCACUUGCCGAACAGAUUCUCACUCCUGCUCUACAGCCCGCCAACCGGCAACCUAAGAAGAACCAGACUUCAAAAAAUGAUGGUGAACGAGACAGCUGUUCUGACAUAGUGAUACUUGACGACUCUUCUUCCGAUGACAGUGAUGCAUCUAGUGUCAUAUGCCUUGAUGAUGACAAUUCUGAAAGAAAUACGAAGAACGGUGAGACAUUUUCGGAUCGCAAUGCCAACGAUUCAGAUUCAGCACUUGAUGAAGUGGAGAAAGCACUUCUCUCUACCGUUGGAAUCAGUGUCUGUUGCAACCGUCAAAUUCUAAAAUUUCGUUUGUCUAGAGAUGACCAAUUUUCUAAAAUUUUGGAACUCUAUACCUCUCAUUGCAAAUUGCCACCACACAGUGUAAUGUUCUCCUUCAACGGCGAGUCGAUCGACGUCGAAACAACCCCGGCGAAGUUGGAACUAGAAAACGACGACAUAAUUGAUGUUCACUCAGCUGAUACAUGA